CGUCCACCUAUUUUUACAUACAUUACAUAUCAAAGCGACAGAAAUUGCCUUCAGCUCCUUUUACACAUAUUCCUUACGAUAUAUAUGCAAUUUAAUCGUUUUGUUUUUUGAGUACGUUUAGUCUGUUUGAGAUUGCUGUUACAAAAAGAUGAUUCAAUAAGCUGCAUUGGAUUGUGGCGGUCGGUCAAAUGUAUGUAUUGCUUGUCAAUUUCCUUUUCUGUAUUUUUAUUUUUGAUCUUGUGAAGUAAAUUGUUUGGCAGAGUUGCACUCGGUGCUGUUUUGGUAGAGAGCUGAGGCCAAUCGGAGUAGAUUCCUCAUUUCAAUUUGUUUCUUUCAUAGGGAAAGUGAGAGGAGGGUGAGGAGUAGAGGAGAGAGAGUAAAGCAAGCAAACAGAUAGAUACUGUUUAGUUUGUGGUUCUUAUAUGCAGACUGAACUUAUUUUUUUUUGUUUAUUUAAAUAUUUCUCUCUUUCUAAAAUUUACUUAUUCUCGUCAGGUACUGAGAUGUCUAACCAACCUGCUUGUUCGCGCGGAGUGCUCACCUCGGGUGGAGAAAGCGUACUUCCAGAACGAGACCAACAGGAAGGACUGUCGUCCUCAUUAGUCUCGAUUGAUGACGGUGAAAUACACGGUGAUCUUUCCGGCAUCCCCGAACCAACGCCUGGUCAAAUAUACGCUACAUCAACUCCAGCUAAGAACCUAGAUUUGCUUACCGAAAUUUUGUUUCCUUUUUUUUUAAAAAGAAAAGAAUUAAAAACGCACAAACCUCGCGCCACUACUAUCAUUGGCGUCAACAACAGAAGGACGCACACACGCCUCCUCAACCAACCAACACUAGUCAUAACGGAUCUAAUGGAAAUCACUGGCCGAUGUAUGGGUCGCAGCUAACGGCUCUGUAAUAGUCGUCAAUCGAGUAAUCGCUUACUACAAGCCUGACUAACUUUGGACUGAAAUAAAACUAACUACUAGGACAAUUCUAAUAUAAAAACUCCGGAUUAAUACGUUCAAUUAUUAAUCAAUUAAUAGUACUGGCUAUUUGUAUAUACAAGAGGCCAUUUAAACAAAAGAAGAAGAAGAAGAAGGAGACUGAACUAAUGCUAUGGAAGUGAAACCAUUCGUCGCAUUGAAACUAUACGUAAGACCGAAAAUUAUGGUUUUCGCGCAUGCGCACGUGCAAUACAUUUGUCUGUCUUUCUCAGUAACUCAGAUAACUGAGAAAAUCAUGACAAGCUACAAGUUGAGAAGGUUAUGUUUAAUGUUUGUGAAUGUUGUGCGUUUCAGGAAUAUUAUUAAUAAUAACUAUUAAUAAAUUUAAAAAAAUUAAUUUAAUAAAUAUAUAUGUGCAUACAAAAAUAUAUACUAAAGAGUGUAUAUUUUGCAGUGAUAAGUAAUAUAUUAAUAAUAUAAUGACAUAUUUAUAAAUGUUCAGAAUAAAUUUUUUUGGUAUAUAACUACAGCGGCGUGAAGUUGGCACAACAACUAGAGAAAAUUAAUAUUUAAUUAAUUGAAUUCGUUUGGUAAUCGUAUGGUAGUGUAUGGUAGUCAGUUUUUUUUGUUUGGUAGCGAAAAUUGAAAGAUUUAUUUAAGUUUUAAGUUUGGCGUGCUAAUUUCACGAUAGCACUGCAAAUACAAUUUUUUGUAAAAUAAAAACUGGAAACCGUUUGGUAGUCGUUUGGUAGUGAUUGGUAACUACUUCCUGACUUUUGGUAAUACAAACUGCAGAAAAUAUAACAUUAAAAAAAAUUAACAAAAUAUAAUACACAGAGUAACGUGCUACCCGUGCUACACAAUACUGCGCAUGCGCACAACGGUCGGCCAUGUUUAUCAACAGGGAAAUUCAAACUAUAUAAGUAUGUCUUUUAGUACGACGACAAAAUUAUUUAAUUUAAUCAAAAUAAUAAUAAUAAUACCUUCUACUUAAUAAAUAAAUGUUACUUAAUUAUUAACUUAAUUUUUAAAUAAACAAAGAAUUUUUAAAUAAAUAAUUUACUUCCCUGCGCGUUUGCUUAAGAAUUGUUGUGCAUCAAAAAUUCUUUUUUCCCUCUAAUUCUAACCUUAUGAUGAUGAUUGGUAUUGAAUAUUAAACGAUUGUUAAUAAACAAUUCAUUAAUAAAUAAACAAUUUUUACAAAAAAAAAAAA